UACUUGUUUGCAUUUGCAGUCUUAUAUUUAUUAGUAUCUCUCUUCACAGGCUUCAUUUUUCUCUCACCAUUUAAUUCUAUUUAUUUUCCUUAAAAAUCAAAUCAAAUUUUUGAUUUUAAAUUUUAGGGUUUGGAAAUCUCAGACAGAAACAAGGCAAUUAGCCGCAAAAACAGUGAUUAGCUUUCAUGCACCGUUGAGAGUGAUGUGUUGAUUUAUGGCACCUAAAGAAGAUCAAGCUCAUAAAGCUGCUGAGAUUGCAAUUGGAUCGAUUGGGCGUGGAUAUGAUAUAUCUUCUGAUAUAAGGCUCAAGUUUUGUAAAGGAGAUUCGAUUAAUUCGCGUUUAAUUGAGAUAGAUGAAGAUGAUGUUAGAGAGGUGGUUUUACCUGGUGGAGUUUCAUUACCAAAUGUUUCCAAAUUAAUAAAGUGUGAUAAAGGGGAACGAACUAGGUUCAGGUCUGAUGUUCUGUCUUUUCAACAGAUGACAGAGCAGUUCAAUCAGGAGUUAUCUUUGACUGGCAAAAUUCCCUCGGGGCUUUUCAAUUCAAUGUUUGAAUUUUCUGGUAGUUGGCAGAAAGAUGCAGCGCAUACCAAGACCCUUGCUUUUGAUGGGGUGUUAAUUACACUUUACACUGUUGCAUUAGAGAAGUCUCAGAUGGUACUUUGCGACCAUGUUAAAAAAGCCGUACCAUCAUCAUGGGACCCGCCUGCAUUAGCAAGGUUUAUUGAUACCUUUGGUACCCAUAUUAUUGUUGGUAUGAAGAUGGGAGGAAAAGAUGUAAUAUAUUUGAAACAGCAGCACUCAUCAACUCUCCAACCUGCCGAUGUUCAGAAAAAAUUGAAAGAAAUGGCAGAUAAAAGGUUUUUGGAUGCCAAUGGCCAAUUUAAAGUAGCUUCUGAUCAAGUUUUCCCAAAUGGCAAGUUUGGAAUCAGGACGCAGAGGCUAACUUUUGCUAAUAUUAGUCCAUCAAGUUCUUAUUCAAAUAAAGAGGUGUGCUUAGAACAUGUAACCGGGAAUAAAUUUUUAUUAUAUAUAUUUGCAAUUGCGGUCGCCCUUAUAUUAUUUAUUUUAUUGCAGGAUAUCGUAAGCUUUGGCAAGAGGAGAGGUGGAAGUGAUGACAAAAGUCUAUCACAUAAUGAGUGGUUGCAGACCGUUCAGUUGGAGCCUGAUGUGAUCUCAAUGUCCUUUAUUCCAAUUACCUCUCUAUUAAAUGGAGUUCCGGGGAGUGGAUUCUUGAGCCAUGCCAUAAACCUUUAUCUACGAUACAAACCACCAAUUGAAGAGCUCCACCAAUUCUUGGAAUUCCAGCUCCCAAGGCAGUGGGCACCUGUAUUCAGUGAACUUCCUCUUGGUCCGCAAUGGAAGCAACAGAGCUCUUCAUCUUUACAGUUUAGCUUCAUGGGGCCAAGGCUCUAUGUGAACACCAUACAGGUUGACGUAGGUAAGAGGCCAGUGACGGGUCUCCGUCUCUAUCUUGAAGGUAAGAAAAGCAACCGAUUGGCCAUCCAUAUGCAACACCUUUCAUCUCUUCCAAAAAUCUUCCAGCUUGAAGAUGAUUCAAAUGAAAAUUUUAGACGGAAGUCCUAUGAUAAAAAAUUCUAUGAGAAGGUUCAAUGGAAGAAUUUCUCUCAUGUGUGCACUGCUCCUGUGGAAUCCGAGGAGGAACUUUCAAUAGUAACUGGAGCACAAUUGCAAAUUGAAAAUUACGGCUUUAAAAAUAUACUCUUCUUAAGACUUAAAUUCUCAACUGUGUUGGGAGCUAAGGCGGUAAAACAUCCGGAGUGGGAUGGGUCUCCUGGGCUAGGAGCCAAGUCAGGACUCAUAUCCACUCUUAUUAGCCAACACUUCACAGGGGCUUUUCAGAAGCCGCCUCCACGUCCAGCGGAUGUUAAUAUAAAUUCAGCCGUUUAUCCUGGUGGCCCACCUGUUCCCGUCCAAGCUCCCAAGCUUCUAAAGUUUGUUGACACAACUGAGAUGACCAGAGGACCGCAAGAGACUCCUGGCUAUUGGGUUGUCACUGGAGCAAGACUUUUGGUUGAGAAGGGCAAAAUUUCUUUACGGGUAAAGUAUUCUUUGUUGACUAUGAUCUUACCGGAUGAUGAUGAUGAUGAUGAUGACAUGUUGGAUGACCAGUAGCUGACUUUGUUCUGCAUUAGGCCUUUCUUGCUUUCAUCAGCAGAACUAAGUGUUCAUUUUUUAGGAGGGAGAGGUUGGGAGAGGAGGGUAUUUGUCAUCAUGAUAAUUGGUUUUAGUUUUCCUAAUAAGGUAGGGUAGCCCUUUUACGGUGGUUAAAGCACAUGUGAAGUUCACAAAGAUAUACAUACAAUAGGGGGAUUUGUUGGAUGUCAAGGGAUUGAGUGCAGGGCUUUCCCCCUAUUGAAAUUGUACUUUAAAUGUAGACUUUUACAUUCCAGAAAAAUGACUAGCUGAAUUAAUUCCACGGGUGUCUGCUGAAUUGUCUUCCUCUUGUUUUGAUUAGAUCACCAGGAGAAAUUAUGUUGCAAACACUAAUAUAUAUCAAUUUAAUACGUUAAAAUUUUACGCCA